AUGUCAAUCGAAAACCUCAAGACCUAUGACCCCUUCGCCGAAGCCGAUGAGGAUACAGGUGAAUCCAAGCAGUCACAAAACUAUAUCCAUAUCCGCAUUCAACAGCGGAAUGGACGUAAAACCUUGACCACUGUGCAAGGUCUUCCGAAGAAAUUCGACCAGAAGAAAAUCCUGAAGGUCAUCAAGAAGAAAUUCGCUUGCAAUGGCACCAUCGUGAACGACACCGAGAUGGGCGAGGUCAUCCAGUUGCAGGGUGACCAGCGCAAGGAUGUACAGGAGUUCCUCGUUGACAAGAAAGAGGGUCUAGAGCUUGAUCCGAAGACCAUUAAGGUCCACGGUUUCUAA